GGAGGAGGAAGCUCAUUUGCUCUUUGUUUGGCUUAUUUGUACUGCGCAGUCUCUCAGACUAAUCAAGAUUCAGCCACUGAAAGAAAACAAGAGUUAAGGAAGUCAGGACUGAACGAAUCCAGGCUCAGUUAGCUUGUGGCUCCUGAAAAAACAUAAUUAGAGAAGAGAACAUUCACCGUUCGUAAUCUAAGUCUGUAAGAAGAGAAAUAGAUUAGGAGUAAAAACGAUCAUGCUGCUAGUGUGAACUGUCUGGGGGUUUAAACUUCCCCAGCGAUGGCAGUUUUAGCAGAUGUGAAGCAAAGAACUGGACAAGUUGCGUCUGAAGGAAGGGUAUCUUGGCCAGUUUUCCUGCUGACACUGGCUGCUGUCACCUCGUCUUCUCUGUCAGCUCUCUCCUUGUACCAGUUAGUGGAUCUGAGAGCUGAAGUAGAGGGGCUUAAGACAGACAUCAGCCGCAUGAGAGAAGAGGGGCAAAAGGUCACCCACAGAGAUCAGACUGAAAACAUCAAAGGAAGAGAAAAUAUCAAAGAGCUUCAGGAUUUACCAGAGUCUCAAAAUGCUUUCAGUCAAAUAAGAAGAAGGAGAAGAACAAUAUCUGAAUCAGAGAUCUCAGGUUCUGUCUCCUGUCUGCAGCUUUUGGCAAACAACAGCAGAAAACCCUUCAGGAAAGAACUUUCCUCGGGUCCGUACACAGGUAUCCCCUGGCAAACUGGGCUGAGGAGAGGCUCAUCCCUGGAGACAGAUGGGGAUCGCAUUGUAGUCAACGAGGCUGGUUUCUACUUUGUCUACAGUCAGGUCUACUACAUGGACAGCACCUUUACAAUGGGCCACGUGGUGAUACGAUGGAAGAGGCAUGUUGUGGGAAAUGAGGAUCAGGAUGUGCAUUUGUUCCGCUGCAUCCAAAGCAUGAACCCUGAUUACGCUUUCAACACUUGCUACACAGGAGGUAUUGUAAAGCUGGAGAAGGGAGACUACUUGGAGCUUUUGAUCCCCCGGUCGAUGGCCAACAUUUCCAUGGAAGGAGAUUCUACCUUUCUGGGUGCUUUUAAGCUUGUUUAAAAUGUAUCACCUUAUACAAAUGAACAACACAAUCAGCCACUUCUGCACAGGCAGAAACGCAUUUUGCAUGUUUCAAGUGAUGAACAGUCAGAUCUAAUAUGAAACAGUCAAAACAUUCAGAUCAAUGUGUUUUUUUUAUAUAACCCCACACUUAGCAAGCACAACUUGAGGCUCGUUUUUCAACUUUUAAGCUUUAAAAAUGCUUCAUACUACUUAACAUUUUAAGCAGAAUUACCGUGUCACAAAGCAUCUUGUCUUAUUUUAUUUCAAAUGCAGGUUUUUCAUUGUGAUGCUCCCAUUUGAACAAGCCUUUACAUAUUUAGCUGAUGUAAGAAGUUUGAUGUAAUAAAAUGCAAAUGUGUGCAAAUGA